GGCACAAGACAGGUGGGAUAGCUCAAGCAGAAAAUAUAGACUGCAAGUACCCCGUGCCCUCGCUCCGUCUUUCCCAGUUCACCAACCACAAAUAAUCUUCUUCUUGACACUGCGCGGUUGAGUUUAAUACUGAAGACACAGAAGCUUCCUCCGGUGUUGGCCUGAAGUUUUUGGGAGCAAGGAAAGUCCGAUCGCCAUGGCGGCAGGGAAGGUGUACUCGUUCGAGGAGGUGCGGCCGCACGCUGAUCGGAAGGAUUGCUGGCUCAUCAUCAACGGCAAGGUGUACGACGUGACGGCGUUCAUGGAGGAGCACCCCGGCGGCGACGAGGUCCUGCUGGCGUGCAUCGGCAAGGACGCGACGGCCGACUACGAGAACAUCGGCCACAGCGAGUCGGCCAAGGAGCAGAUGGCGCAGUACUGCAUCGGGGAGAUCGACGCCGCAACCAUCCCCGCCAAGCCCGUCAAAGUCGAGGACUUCCCGGCUCCUAGCGCCAGCAGCCCGGGCGUCUGGCGCACGGUGCUGCAGCUCGCCGUGCCCCUCCUGCUGGUGACCAUGGCUUUUGGGUUCCAGAACUUCGCCAACACCGAAACAGAGUAGGGAAAACAGAUACCGCCGUGAUGCAAUCCUGUAGCCUUCUUGGAAGUAUCUGCGCGUCCUAAGCAGUUGUCGUCUGUCA